AUGAAUUCCGAUAUUAAAAUUUAUCCCUUUGAUAAAGGCACAGGUUUUGCACUACUAUACCAAAGAGAUGCAUCUCUUAAAUUAGAAGAAACAAUUAAAAAUAGCAGAAUUAUUGAUCAUGACCCGACACCCACACUUACUACCAAAUUUCAAAAACAAUUAUCUAAAUUAAGAAAAGAGGGUAAACUAGACACAACUACAUAUUUUAAAAUGUAUCCGUCAGAUUGUGUACCACCUAGAAUAUAUGGAAUGGUUAAAGCGCACAAACCUGAAAAAGAUUACCCAAUGCGCCCUGUUGUCUCAACAAUCAACACACCGCCAUAUGAAACACCGAAUACCUCCUUUGUUAAAGAAGCCAGACAAUGGAAAAUAGAUCCCAAUGAGGUUCAAGUUUCAUUUGAUGUAGUCAAUUUAUAUCCGUCCAUACCCAUUGACGAAGCUAUUCCAGUUAUUAUUGAUAUAUUGAAUAAUGAUAUAAACGACUUAAAAACUCGAACUAAACUAUCUCUUGUAGACAUACACCAAUUAAUAGAACUUUCAUUGAGUAUUUGCUAUUUUCUAUAUGAAAACAAAAUCCGAAUAAUACCUAAUUCAGGUCCUAUAGGUUUGUCUUUAAUGGUUGUUAUCGCGGAAGCGUUUCUACAGAAUCUAGAAAGAAAAGCUCUUAAUAUAGCUACUAUUUGUACAUAUGAACCAAAAACUUUUGUGAGAUAUGUAGACGACUGUCACGCUCGCUUUAACUCAAUAAAACAACAACAAAUGUUUCUAAAUAUCCUAAACGAACAAAACCCUGCCAUAAAAUACACUGUUGAAAGCCACCAAAAACAACUUAACUUUCUAGAUGUUAAUAUUACAAACACAAUGCAUGGAGCUUAUGAAUUUCAAAUACAUCGAAAAGAAGCAAUAACUAAUAUUCAACUAAAACCUAACUCAAACAUUAGUCCUAAUAUUAUCACUGGCGUAUUCAAAGGGUUUUUAUGUCGUGCAUAG